GUGAGCUGAUUAUUACAUUUCGACUCACUCACUUUUUAUAUAUUAUCAAGCACACUCUCGUGUUUGCCUUCCCUCAAUUUCUUAAAAUGGAUAUCAAGAGUGUGACAUUCUAGGAUUAUUAUAAUUUUGUUCAUCACCUCUAUUCGAAGCUUAAUAGAAAGAUUAUUAUUCCUCCUUGUCUUUGGGGACUAAUAAGAUUUCUGGUUGUCUGAUCCAAUGGCUGCAACCACUGAGAUGCCCACUGAUGUUGUCAAUGAUGUUAGUAUCAACAAGGAUGGUGAAAAGGGCAUUGAUAGCGGAAUUGAGAAUAACUCUUCGAUUACGACCUCGAAACCCAAAACUGAAUCCGAUCUGGAUAUGCAAAAGCUUGUGGCUAUGUUCAAGAAACUAAAUCCAAUGGCUAAGGAGUUUUUCCCUUCUUAUUACAAUCCCAAGAAGAACAAUCAGACAGGAAAAGACAAUCAACUUCUGUCUGCUGAUGAUGUGGCGCCCACAAAAAAACAAUCUGGUGAAGAAGUUGAUCUUAAUGGAAAGAAAGGUGACAAUAACCAGAAGAGAAGAAACAGUUAUAGCCAAGGGAGGAGAAGGUUAACUGGAAGAAUUUCUAAGGCUCAGAGAGAGGAUAGUAUGAGAAGAACGGUCUAUGUUUCUGACAUUGACCAGAGUGUGACUGAGGAGGGUCUUGCUGGCUUGUUUAGUAACUGUGGACAAGUUGUUGAUUGUCGGAUUUGUGGGGAUCCACAUUCAGUUCUUCGAUUUGCGUUUGUCGAGUUUGCAGAUGACCAGGGCGCCCGAGAAGCUUUAAGCCUUGGUGGAACGAUGCUCGGGUACUACCCGGUGAGGGUCUUGCCCUCCAAAACUGCUAUUCUUCCAGUGAAUCCCACAUUUCUUCCCAGGUCAGAAGAUGAAAGGGAGAUGUGUUCAAGGACAAUCUAUUGCACAAAUAUCGACAAGAAGGUUACUCAAGCUGAUGUGAGAAACUUGUUUGAGACGGCAUGUGGUGAGGUAACUCGCCUGAGGCUUCUUGGUGAUCAACUGCAUUCAACUCGUAUAGCUUUUGUUGAAUUUGCUCUGGCGGAUAGUGCACUUAGGGCGCUCAACUGCAGCGGGAUGGUCGUUGGAUCCCAACCGAUAAGGGUAAGUCCUUCAAAGACACCAGUAAGGCCACGAAUCACUCGACCACCGUCUACAAACUAGAAAGAGACCCGACUAGCUGGCUUUCCAGAAGAGAGAUGAUUUCAAACUUCUUUUUUCGAUUCUCUCUUUUUGACGUUUUAGAACAGUUUAUCUUCUCCAGUUACAUUUGUAACUGGAAGGUGGAAACCCUUAUGGUUCUGUUUUCUGAAUUUGGAGUUAUUAUUAGGCUCUGUCUUUUCUGACUGAGAUACUUCCAUCUGUUUCAUCAUCUUUCUCUAAGGGAUUUUUAUAGUUUUUGCUUUUGAAA